AUGGCGGUCCAGGCAAUGGCCCCCAGAAAGAUCGAAUUGAAGGGUACACCUAGAGAGAUCGGUCUCCAACAUGGCCGUCUGUUACAGUCGGAGAUCAAAAGCCAGAUGGAAGUGUAUGGGGCAAUGUUUGAACUGACAUCCCAGAUGGCCUGGCCAGAGGUUCUUGACGUUGCCGCCGAGUUCGCCGCCACCAUCAAGCGACUGACGCCCGAGAUCUUCGACGAGAUGCAAGGCAUUGCCGAGGGUGCGCAAGUGCAGCUCCUGGACAUUGUUGCGUUGAACUGCCGGAGCGAAAUCGCCCUUGGCCGCUUCACAGACGGCUGCACCAGUAUCGCAUGGAACGUAGGAAACGUCCAAUCGAAAAAGGUGGUGCUGGCUCAGAAUUGGGACUGGACCGCCCAGGUCAAGAAGAACAUCGUUAUGAUGUCCAUUGAACAGGUUGGAACCCCCAAAAUUUGGAUGAUCACAGAGUCCGGGAUUGUAGGUAAAAUUGGAUUCAAUUCGGCGUCGGUAGGAACGUGUCUCAAUGCGAUUCGAGCCCGACCGAUAUUGAGCACCAAAGUCCCGAUCCACGUGGCCCUUCGACUCUGUCUGCAGAGCACUUCGGUCGACGGUGCCAUUGCCACAUUGAGAACGCUAGGAGGAGUCGCGUCAAGUCAACACAUCCUCCUUGCGGACAAAACCAGGGCUGUCGGUUUAGAACUCUCGCCACUGGGCGAUGUCCAUCUGUCCGAGCAGGACGGGAUAGUCACGCAUUCCAACCACUUCAUCGAGAACAGGUAUGUGGAGGAACCUCCUUGGCUGGCAGGGUCCCCGGUCCGCCUGGAACGGAUUCGACAACUUGCCGCGAAGCUGAAGAGCGAAGGUGUUGGUGGUGACAUGGUGGAGGGUUCUUUAUUGAGAGAACGGAUCUUCUCGGAUACCUUCAAUGCGCCGCAAGCCAUUUGCUGCAUUGAGGAUGCAUCCAGACCGAUCCAGACGCGGAGCAGCACUUUGUUCAACGUCGUCAUGUCCUUGAAAGAAGGAGAGGGUGGCUCGUCUGCAGAAGUGGUUUGGGGAAAGCCAGGAUCUGGUGAAGAGGGACCGACAUUGGUCAUGCCUUGGUAG